AUGUCCUCCACAAGGACGGCGCGAGAUCUCCGCGAACCGAGAUCGGAGCGCUUCCGCGCCAAAGUCCGUGGAGCACGAGCUUCCUUGACAUGCAGAAACCUCAAAAAUUGGAUCUUCAACUUUUUACCAAUUCUAAAAUGGCUGCCGCAAUACGACUGGCGCCACUCGUUCUUCGGCGAUAUCAGCGGUGGGCUGACGAUGGCCGUGUUUUGUGUGCCGCAAGGUAUCGCUCUGGCAGGCAUCACCGGCGUUGAGCCGGUCUACGGAUUGUAUACAGCCAUUUUUCCUUCUUUUCUAUACAUCUUCUUUGGGACGUCAAAGCACAACGCCUUGGGUGGUUUUGCUGUACUUUCUCUGAUGACACACUCGGCCAUUGAAAAAGUCGUCCAAUCAACCGCGGUACCGUACAACACUACAGAAUACAGGAAUCGGACGGUAUUUCCGAGUUUUGAAAACAUGACAGAAGCCGGCCUGGAACUCACCGGAAAUGAAACGGAAUUCCUGAACGCUACUUUUUACGAUGACCCAGCGCUGCUGAAUCUUACCUUAAACGGCUCCUCAUUUAUCGAAGAAGUCACAAAAGUCGAGUGGACGAAUGGAUUUCGGCCUACGCAGCCAAUCGUAGUCGCUACUACGGUGUUAUUCUUGGCGGGACUUAGCCAGAUUUUAAUGGGCGUCCUCGGACUCCACUACUUUUUCAGAUGCUACUUUUCCGAGCAAGUAAUGUCCGGCUUCAUCGUGGGUGGCUGCGUCCACGUCGUAUUUUCACAACUCGGCGAUGCACUUGGAAUUAAGCUGCCCAAGCGUAAUGGUCCCGGAUACCUUUACUAUCGCCUCCUCGACCUCAUCGAGCUCUUCCCGACCCUUCAUAUGCCUACGACGUGUAUUUCUGUCCUCUCCGCCUUGUUCCUACUCAUCGGAAAGGAAAAGCUGACCCCGUGGCUGGCCGAAGUUUUCAUGUUUCCGGUGCCCUACGAGUUGAUUUUGGUAAUCGUCGGAAUUACGGCUACAAACUUUGCCGAGUUGGCGAGGAGAUACCAAGUGCAAGUGGUUGGCAAUAUUCCGACGCAUUUCCCUCCACCAUCACCUCCUCGCCUCGACCUUGUCCCCUCUAUUUUACAUCACUCCUUCGGCAUCGCCUUGGCUGCGACCGCCAUCCACCUUACCGUAGCCAAGGUCGUCGAGAAGCGCUACAAAUACAAGAUUGACUAUGCACAGGAGCUCUACGCCCUCGGCUUUACCUCACUGCUCUCAUCCCUAUUUCCGGUCUUCCCCUUCACAUCGGGAUUCGCAAGAUCCGUGAUCGGAGCGGCGGUGGGGAGCAGUACGCAGCUAACCUGCUUCUUCUCGUCGGUUGCUCUCCUAUCGGUUAUCCUCUACAUUGGAACGGCCUUGGAAUACUUGCCACAAUGCAUUCUGGCUACUAUGAUCAUCCUCUCCCAAAAACUCAUCUUCGCCAAGUUCGACGAGCUGAAGGAGCUGUGGCCCGUUUUCAAAUACGAUUUUGCUAUCUGGAUCGUCUCCAUGCUAUUCACGAUCUGCUGGGACAUUGCCGAGGGAAUUUUGUUGUCUGUCGGGUUCGCGGUGCUCACUACUGUAAUAAGGAGCCAGAAACCUCGCUGGCAUUACCUUAUUGCCAGUGCCGAUGGAGCGUUCAGGGAAACGAAGCGAAAAGAACUAGAAAUGGUCAGCGGAGAACCGUGCAUAAUUCGGAUGAACGCUCCGCUAAUUUUUACCAGUGUUGAUCGCUUUGAAGUGGCCAUCUGGGAAGGCGUGAAAAAGUGGGAGCGGACAAAAUCGCUGCAACCCGUCAGAUCGAGCCAAAAUGAAGAUGGUUGCGUGAAUUUGGAUACGCUAAUUGACACGGCCCAAGCCAGCCGGGACCGAAAACCGGAUCGAAAACCCCCGGCUCAACGCUGCAGCCUGGUGAUCGAUUGCUCAGGAUUUCCAUAUGUCGACUAUCUCGGGAUGGCGACCCUCAAAUCGGUAUACGCCGACUUGACAUCCGCCGGGGUCGAGACCUGCUUUGCGGCGCCACAUCGCUAUCUCCAAGAAAUGUUCGAGAACACCAACUUCUACGAGGCGGUCGGCGAGCAGCGCGUCAAAGAUACCGUACACCAGGCGGUCGCUUUUCUCGGCGAUUUGGAGAAAGGACGCGAAGAUGCCCCACCUCCCGACUAUGAAAUUGCAAAGGAAAAACGCGAAAAGGCCGCA